AUGGGGUUCGUAAAAGUUGUUAAAAAUAAAGCUUACUUCAAGCGAUUCCAAGUAAAAUUCAGGAGGAGGAGAGAGGGAAAGACUGAUUAUUUUGCGAGGAAACGUCUUGUGGUUCAGGAAAAAAACAAAUAUAAUACCCCUAAAUAUCGCAUGAUCGUCCGAUUCACCAACAAGGACAUCAUUUGCCAGAUAGCGUAUGCCCGUAUUGAGGGAGAUGUGAUUGUGGUUGCGGCCUACUCUCAUGAACUCCCUAGGUACGGCAUCAAGGUAGGGCUGACCAACUAUGCUGCUGCAUACUGCACUGGACUACUUCUUGCCAGAAGAAUCUUGAAAAAAUUUAAACUUGACACUAUCUAUGAAGGCUGUGUAGAUGUGACUGGAGAAGAGUACAAUGUUGAGAAUAUAAGAGGCAAACCCCGUGCCUUCCGUGCUUUUCUAGAUGUUGGUCUUAGCCGAACCACAACUGGAGCUCGUGUCUUUGGUGCCAUGAAGGGAGCUGUUGAUGGAGGAAUGGAAGUACCACACAACAUCAAACGUUUCCCAGGAUAUGAUGCUGAAAGUGGUGAAUUUGAUGCCAGUGUUCACAGAGACCACAUCUUUGGCAAACAUGUUUCUGCAUAUAUGGUUUCUCUGAAGAGUGAGAAUGAAGAGGCAUACAGGAGACAGUUUUCUCGAUACCUCAAGUUGGGAAUCAAUGCAGAUUCUAUGGAGAAAAUGUAUAAAAAGGCACAUUCUGCAAUCCGUGCUGAUCCUCAACACAAAGCUGCACCCAAGAAGACUGUUAUCAAGAAAAGGCACAAUGCCAAGAAACUUUCAAACAAACAGCGCAAGGUGCGCAUUGCUAAAGAAAAGGCAGAAUUUAUGAAGAAUCUUAAACAAAACAAUGAAUGA